UCUUAGAGGCUCAGAUAGGAUCAAAUCCCUCGUGGGGUUGGAAGCAUACUUUACGGAAAGGAUCUACUCCUCCAAGGAAUGCGAUGGCAAGUUGGGAAUGGUCAUAAUAUUGAUGCUUUUUAUGACCGAUGGAUCCCAUCUGCUAAACUAGAGAGUCCGGUGAUUAAGUUGGCCAAUAUUAACUCAUCUCUAAGAGUCUCCUUUUUCAUUGAGGAAAGUACAAGGGAAUGGCACAUUUCGAGGUUACAAGAUUAUUUUGAUCCCUGCUCGGUGGAUAUAAUUUGCAAAAUGGCCCUUCCUCGGACAACGCAGCCAGAUACUAGAGUAUGGCAUUUUACCAAAAAUGGCAAGUACUCAGUCAAGACAGGGUAUCAUCUAGCUCUUGAUGGCAUUCUAGCUCCCAAUAGAAAAGCCCUGGCUCUCAUUAUUGAUCCUCCUUUGUGGAAACUGACAUGGGGCAUUCAGACCCCUCCUAAACUAAGGUUUUUCAUUUGGCAGUGCCUAAGAGUAGUCCUACCAACGACAGUAGCGCUUCGUUCUCGUGGGAUUAAUUGUCUAAGGAGAUGUCCUGUUUGCUGGAGGAGCCGAGAGAGUAUAGAACAUUUGUUUUUUCAUUGCCCCCUUGCCAAUAUGUUAUGGUACUUUGUGGGAUUAAGUGACAUACUGCUUUCGGCCCCAACGAUGAAUUUUAGUGUAUGGUGGCGUCAAGUUAUGCUUUCAGAGCAGUCCCAAACCCAUAUUCUCCAGAUCGUGUGUCUCUUGUGGAGAAUAUGGAAAUCAAGAAAUAAAGUGGUAUUUGAAAAUACCCAGCCUCAUGUCCGUUCGCUUGCCCGCCAAUUCUCCUUUCAAGUCCGUGAAGUGCUCUCUUCCUGUCUUCCUGCCCCGCCUGCUCAGCCUCGUGUGACUGCCUCUCCAAGCCAGCCCUGGGAAUGCCCUCCUGAAGAUGUUCUGAAGAUCAACUUUGAUGCUGCUGUUCAUGCCUCUGGUUGCUCGUCUGGUCUUGUGGUUCGUGGCUCGGACGGUCAUGUUCUGCUUGCCUCAGGUUUCCAGCAUCCAAGGAUUUCAGACCCGUACCUUGCAGAGCUCCUUGCAGCAAGGGAUGCGAUCUCUCUUGCAGCUUCUAGAAAUCUGUCUCGUGUCAUCAUUGAGGGAGAUGCGGCUGUGGUCAUCCGUCAGCUUAGCCUUGGUGCAGUGGAGGAUUCCGUGGGUGGCCCCAUUCUUAGAGAUUGUAGGAGUAUCCUUGGAUCUUUGUCUCUUUGUAUAGAAUUUAGGGCGGUUCCGCGGACUGCCAACUGGGCUGCCCAUAGAGUGGCGCGUAAAGCCCUGUUGCUGUCUCGGCUAGAGUUAGCUUCCUUUGACUUUGUAGGUUGGUUUGUUAGCGGGGUGGGGAGGGCGUUUGGGUAGUGUUUGUUCUAACUUUCUUUCUGAUAUUACUCGGGCAAAAAAAAAUGUGUUGAGUUAAAAUAUGUUUUUAGUUAUGAAAGAAUGGCAUAAUUAUCUGUUUCGGUUUGGGUAAUUCUAUGGGUGAAGAAAGUCGGGAGCAGAUCCGGUGAGUAACCUUGUGGUGAGUAACCAUGAGUAACCCGUCCACAUCAGCAUGACAUCAGCAUGUUCUCUCUCCUGUAAAGCCUUUAAUUUUCCCCUCUUUAAUUUUUGACAGACGAUUUCUCACUCAUUUUAAGUCGAAAUUUAAUUUUUUUUGCACAGUUAGAUCAGAUUAAUUGUGCUCUUCAAAAUAAUAUCCACUUUAAUAUAUUUUUCGAACAAAAAAAAUUGAGCAAUUUUUUACCAGUCUAUACCAUAUGGUAUUGACUGGUAUUGAAAUAAAAGCAUACCUAUGGUUUGAAAAAAGUACCAUGGUAGUAUGAACAAACCAAGACUGUAGGAUGGUUGAAUACAUGAUAGUAGAAAUAUAUUAAUUGUCAUUUACGACUUUUAACAUUGUAUACAACAAGAACCACCCCGUACCAGGGUGGUAAUGUAUGGUAUUUUUUGGUCCUGUAAUUUGUUCACCCAUAAAUUUGUAGAUCCAAUAGAUCAUGAUGAACUCGUCCCUUCUGUGCAAACAUUUUCAAAAACGAAUUAAAAACGAAGAAGAUACCAUACAAUACCACCCCGUACCAGGAUGGUAUUGUAUGGUAUUGUGUGGUAUUUUUUGGUCCUGUAAUUUGUUCACCCAGAAAUUUGUAGAUCCAAUAGAUCAUGAUGAACUCUUCCCUUCUGUGCAAACGUUUUCAAAAACGAAUUAAAAAUGAAGAAAAUACCAUAUGGUAUGCAGUUGGUACCGAGACGCCAGAAUUUUUUGUUCUAAAAAAAUAUUGAAAAUUGAUCUCAUUUUGUAGAGCACGAUGAACUCGUUCCACCUGUGCAAAAAAAAUAACAAUCCGAGUUAAAACGAAAAAGAUAUGAGCCGAUUAAGAAAGCUAGAGAAAAUAAAAAUAAUCUUUAAUUCUCCAUCCUUAGAUCUAAAUUUUCUAAAUUAAGGGUCCAGAUUUGGUUAUUGAUGGAUGCAUAACCCAUGGUUAUGCACCCUAUCUUGAGCCAAGAAAGUCGUAACAAGACUCCAAGGGUUAUUAUUUGAUUAAUCAUUUUGUUUUAAUCGGAAAGGUUACUGCGUUUACUAGAAACUAGCUUAUUACCCGGCCCGUUGGCCGGAUUACUGUAUGUUACCCACUUGUGGAAUGGGAGAGAAAGCAAGUGAGAGUGAAGGGAUUGUGAUUCCACUUGAUUAGGACCGACCCACUAAUCUGAUUCUUCCCGACCCGCCCCAACCUAAAGGGUCAGAAAGAGUCAAUAAGAAAAUACGAACAGAGAGAAUUAGUAAUAUAUCUUGACUCUUCAGAAGUGGGUCAAACAUGAUCAAUGUUGGGUGAGGGCAAUUUUUAGCGCUAAGCAGAGUUCUGGGUUGAAUAACUUUACUUAGUCCUAGAAUUUGGUGCUGAUGCAGACUGCAGUUUUUAUCAUACCAUCAUCAAUCAUCGUUGAAUUAGUCCUAGGCAUCCCUCCCAGUUGUCGGUCCGAAUUUUAAUGAUGGCUUCAUUCCUUGCACCAGCCAUAUCGGCGAGUUGUCAUCUCGAGCAUGAUUUGCCUAUGUACAAAUGAUACAAUUAGAGUAUGAAACUGAUAUCAAAGAAAAGGAAAAGAGAAUUCUAUCACAUGCCAAUAAAUACACACAUAAUAGUUGAAGCUAAGUGAAAGUCAUUACUCGCACAUCAAUUCUCAAAAAUUACAGACUAAACAAUGGCUAGAAUGGCACUGAAACUACCAAAAAUCAUGGACGAAACAACUUGUCAAAUUAAAUAAUCCUUAUACUGAAACUACCUUCUAACUUGAAAUAAUACAUGAUCACAGUUCAUAGCACUCUUAUCACUAUGAAUUGGUUGCAGCUCGUCCUUAUCACUACCUCCCAAGCUCAAUUCAAACAGAAUAGACACAGUUAUGUAAGAUAACCAUAUCCUUACUGAUCAUAAUUCCUUUCUUCACUCCAUUUUUGUCGGAGAAAAGAGUUAUCCCCCUCUCAUGCAUUUCCCUUUCCCCCUCUCUUCUCCCUCUUCUUCACAAACCGAUCCCUAAACCAGCAACAACACAAAAAUAGCAUUCGCCUCUGCCAUCUCCAUCUAUUGAACGCGUUGGAGGCAAGACAGGACUGCAUAAGCAAAAUUUUCUAAAAUCAAACUAAAUUUUUUGAAGGAUACUCAACCACGAAAAAAGAGUAAAGCAACAAUGCUAAUAGUUCAGAUGGUUGGUUUUGAUGUUAUACGUUGCUUUUGUUCUGGUCUCCAGUGUAUCAACUGCAACAGAGAUGUUUCCUCCAAUCAUCUUUAGUGCACGAUUUAGAAGUAAGUCCUCUUGUUUGUGUCAAACGGAAACAUUCAUGGGUUCUUAACUCCCCUGUUAGUGUAAAUGCAGCAGCAGCAAAGAAGUUUGACAACACAGCAAGUACCCAGGCAAAAUGAUACAAUGCAGUAGGUGAUAUGUGUCUCGAAGGUUUUGAGUUACUAAAGUUCAUGUUAAAAAUAAAUAUGAAUUAAAAUGGAUUAUUCUAUUAAGCAAACAUCCCCUCUAAUCAUACAAAGAUCAGAUAUCCAAUUCACAAACAAUUAAGCCAUAAAAAAUCAUCAAACAUCCACCACCUUUGAUUGCCUAAAUUUGGUUUUUCGCAAAGUUAUGGACUCUUAAGGGUAACGUUCAUGGGUAGUCUGUUUCAUAACUCUAGAGAGCAUAGUAAGUAGCCACCAACCAGACAUAGUGCGGUAGGCGAAUAUGAUUCUCAAUUCACAAUUUCUCACCACCAGAAGUAAGAACAGACCAUAAUAAGCGUAGCGUUCAUGGGUGGUCUGUUUCAUAGCACUACUACACAAUUUGUUAAAAAAGAAAGAAAGGUAUUUAGCAUCACGACGUAACAACUUUUACAGGCCAACAACGACAACAUGCUGCAACCACCAGAACUGGUAUCACAACUCAUAGGGAAAAUCAAAAGAUUUACUCUCAAAUUAAGUAGUUACAACAUUGAGCAAUCGUCAAGCACAUACACCAUCACAAAAGUCACAGAACCUGAUUCACAAAGCAUUCAAACAUUUGAAGACAUUUCUACAAAGGUACAACUUAUAUGUCUUUUUUCCAAGCCAUUUCCAUCAACAUGCUAAUAAAUUUGCAAUGCAUAAAACAAACAGGCCAAAACUUGAAAUUCAACCUGUUUGACCGACCCAUGCCAAAUUCUAAUUAUUCUUUACUUUUAAACUUUCUAUUUGAAAAUAAAAAAUAGUGAAAGAA